AUGAACCGAUUCUUCGGGAAAGCGAAACCGAAGGCUCCGCCGCCCAACCUGACUGACUGCAUUGGCACGGUGGACAGCAGGGCAGAAUCCAUUGACAAGAAAAUUUCUCGACUGGAUGCUGAGCUAGUGAAGUAUAAGGAUCAGAUGAAGAAAAUGAGGGAGAGUCCUGCAAAGAAUAUGGUCAAGCAGAAAGCUUUGCGGGUUUUAAAGCAAAAGAGGAUGUAUGAGCAGCAACGGGACAAUCUUGCCCAGCAGUCAUUUAACAUGGAACAAGCCAAUUACACCAUCCAGUCAUUGAAAGACACUAAGACCACGGUUGAAGCUAUGAAACUGGGAGUAAAGGAAAUGAAGAAAGCAUACAAGCAUGUGAAAAUUGAUCAGAUUGAGGAUUUACAAGACCAGCUAGAGGAUAUGAUGGAAGAUGCAAGUGAAAUCCAAGAAGCACUGAGUCGUAGCUAUGGCACUCCAGAGAUAGAUGAAGAUGACCUAGAAGCAGAGUUGGAUGCACUGGGUGAUGAACUUCUGGCUGAUGAAGACAGUUCUUACUUGGAUGAAGCAGCAUCUGCACCUGCAAUUCCAGAAGGUGUUCCCACUGACACAAAGAAUAAGGAUGGAGUCCUCGUGGAUGAAUUCGGAUUGCCACAAAUCCCUGCUUCAUAG